UCUAGUAUGCCUGGUAGAUUUCUUCAUUUGAAAGGAUGAAUGGAGCUUGUAGAGGAAUAAAUAAAAAAGUCUGCGUAGUUUUUGGUGGUUCUUCGGGAAUAGGAAAAGCCAUCUGCAAAGAGCUAGCAAAAAGAGGAGGAAAAGUCAUUGCAGUGGGAAGAGACGGCAAAAAAGCGCUUGAAACGGUGCAAUUGUUAUGCCACACUUCGCAGAGACAAAACCAUGCCAGUUUUAGUUGUGAUGUGACAAACUACAGCUCUGUUGAAGCAACAAUCUCGCAAAUAGAAGCUACAGCUGGGGAUAUAAAUGUACUUGUUAAUGCAGCAGGAGUGAACAAAGAUGGUCUUUUGUUGAGAGCUAAAUUAAACGAUAUUGACAACAUCGUCUCUACGAACCUGUUGGGAUCGAUGUACUCAUGCAAGGCUGUUCUAAAAUCAAUGAUAAAAAGAAGACAAGGAUCUAUUGUUAACAUCGGAAGUGUUGUUGGUCUUAAAGGGAACACUGGGCAAAGCAUUUACAGUGCUAGUAAAUCAGGAUUGGUAGGUUUUACAACAUCUCUUGCUAAAGAAGUUGCAUCAAAAGGAGUCCAGGUGAAUCUUGUAGCACCAGGAUUAGUGGAAUCAAAAAUGACUGCUGAUCUUAUCAACAGUGAAUCUGAUAAAGGUGCUUCAUACAGGUCUUUGGUUCCAUUGAAGAGAUUUGGAAAGGCAACAGAAAUAGCUCAUGGCGUUUGUUUUCUUGUGCAGUCAUCAUAUAUAACAGGACAGGUUCUUGUGAUUGAUGGAGGAUUGCAAUUAGUUUUAUAAGAUCUGUUCAAAAACUGAUGGCUAGCAGCACUCAGGAAACUAAAUUAUAUAUGAUACUUCACUUAAAUAUUAAAUGUUUGUUUGUAUUUUGAAGAAGGAAAGUGCCAAUGAUGUCAGUUGUGUCCAAUUWAAAAUUUAAAAGAACAUGAUUUUGGGUCUGCAGUGAGACAGAGGCUAUACUGAAGUAUGUGUUUAAUUUUAAAUGUGCUGAGGACCUCAGACAAAGAAGCACAAAAUCUGUGUGGGAUCUGUUUCUGCAAAAAUACAUCCAUCUCAUCCAACCACCUCAACAUGUGGACAAGCUAUUAUACCUGUGCCGGUUUCAAAAAGAGGUAUUGCUGAAAUCUCAUUUUCUGCUCCAAAUAAUGGCCAAACACUGACCACAAUGUUCUUGAUACAGAAAGAAUAUUGUAUAGGCAAAUUGAUAUUAUGCACCAGACAGGAAAUGCAUCAAGUGAAGCCUCACCAUGUUUUGAUCUUGAAGUUUGUGAUUCCUGUGGUAUUGUUUACUUGAACCCAGUGGAUAUAGUAGAAUAUCCCUGGAUAUUUCAUUUUAGUUCUCCACUUCAAAACAUCAAGUUAUUAGACAGUUAUACAUGAGUGGCAAAUGAUCAGGAAUCGUGAAGAUUUGUAAUGUUUCAGAGGUGGAUUCCUUUGUCUCUUCGUUGACUACCAAAGAAAGAAGUUUUCUUCAAGAAGCUUUGAAACAACACCAAGACAAUGGGAAAGAACAUUGCUAUAACUCUUGUUGCUGCAUUAGGAAUAUCGACAAUGGCUGAAAAUUGUGACGUCGUCGCCAAUCAAAAAGAAAGGAGCCCAAAACCUUGGAUCUUCAUACUCACGUAUAUUCCUCAUGUCUUGCAUGGCUUUAAGAAGACUUGAACUAGCACUUUCUCUUUCCUYGAGAUGU